AUGGUUACACCGCCAGGGGGUGACAGAUGGUGCAUGAUGGUGCUCUUAGAUUUCACCAGCAACAGGCUCUGGGCGUGGGACAUGGACGAGGAUAAGAAGGGCGUCGGCGAUGUGCAAAGCUUGCUGGUUCGCUGGUACAGCGAGAUUGAGGUGCCGCUGGUGAUUUGGAGCGACGGCUCUCAGUUCAGGUCGGUGCUCUCCGAGGCGGUCAAGCUUUCACUUGGAGUUGAGCCGCGGUUCAUUCCACCGGGCCGGCCGCAAUCGAACGGCCUCGUCGAAGUGAUGAACCGUGUACUUGACGGAAGUCACGGCGGUGACCGUAGCCAGCUGAUGCUGGCCGUGGCUGCACACAACGCGAUGCCGACGAGGAAGCACGGCAUCUGUCCGGAGGCCAUUUGGCGGGCCUGUAGGCCCGUCGAAAGCCGAUGGAAACACAAGACUGUGCAAAGCGUUCUCGGCCAUCCCCCGACAGACCUGUCUUCUGAGGAGUGGGAUAGCUUCCUUAGCGCUCAUGCUGCCUUGACAACUGACGACUACAAGCAGGCUAUUGCUACAUUUGAGGCUAAGAUGCAGCCUGUGCAGGAAGCGCUUCAAGAUCAACACGCACGCUCCGCCCUUGCGCAGCAACUCAAGUAUCAGAGGAAGAAGACACGGGCGUCUGCAAUGCCUCUUCUCAGUGGUGACCGAGUGAUUGUGCGAGCUUCCCAGUACCGCUCAGCCUGUGGCUAUGGUAAGUUCGAGACAGACAAGGGUGGCGGUUUGAAAGAAUAUGUUGUGAAAAGCAUCAACUCUUCCAUUGCUCAGAUCGAGGAGUUGGGUACCGGUGUGCUGGGCUUCAAGCAUGUGGGGAUGCUCAAGGCGCUGCCAAAUUCUAUGCCUUCGAAUGUGGCUGAUGAUCCUGGGCCUAGCCCUCGGGCCAAGCGCCAAUUGGAGCGCUUGCCACCUAUCGGCCCAUUCUUUCAGAUAGCUGCAGAUACGGAUGGCGGGUGCAUGUUUCGAAGUCUGGCCAUGGGCUUACAGUUUCUUGCAGGGGUGCCGCCGCAUCGUCUCGAAGACAACGAUCAGCAGGUGCUGCAGCUGCGUCGCUCCUUGAUUGCGUACUCUGAAAGGCAUGUGCGAGGCCUGCCCCGGCAGGAGCUGCUGACGCUUUCUGAGUUAGCGGCGCAUGAGCUGCGAGAUGACCCUUCCUGGAAGACCUCAUUCAGCUGGGAUGCUUUUCACCAGUACAUGAGCGAGCCCAAGAGAUACGGGACGUAUUAUUGGCUGGGCACGUUUACACGGAUGCAUUCUGUCGGGGUGCGGGUUUACAGGCUGCAGUCAGAUGCACUCGCGCUGUCAUGGCAGGAGCAGCCGCCAGGGGGUGUUGGUGCCGACACACGUCAUGUUUCACUUCUCAGGAAUGGUUUGCACUAUGAUUUGCUGGUUCUGAAUAUGGCUCCUGCGAAGAGGAUGCGCGGCAAGCAGUCCGCUUAG